AAACAUCGAUUUUUGUUCCAGCUCUAUACCAUUGCUGCCCGAGUUUGCCCUCAAUUAAAAAUAAAAUUACAAAAUUUCACCGUUUCCGUUUGUAAAACGCAGCGCAUCGCCCAGGCGUUCGAAUUCCCAUCCAACACAAGUGGUAGUAUCGUUGUGAAACAUGUCAACACCCGCACGCAGACGUCUUAUGAGAGAUUUUAAAAGACUUCAGGAGGAUCCACCAACGGGUGUUUCGGGUGCGCCAACAGAUAAUAAUAUUAUGAUAUGGAAUGCUGUGAUUUUUGGUCCACACGAUACACCAUUCGAGGACGGAACCUUUAAGUUAACCAUAGAAUUUACGGAAGAGUAUCCAAACAAACCGCCAACAGUUCGAUUCGUAUCGAAAGUGUUUCAUCCCAAUGUGUACGCAGACGGUGGAAUUUGCUUGGACAUAUUGCAGAACCGUUGGAGUCCCACAUACGACGUGUCAGCCAUACUAACAUCUAUACAGUCACUGCUGAGCGAUCCCAAUCCCAAUUCACCGGCUAACUCCACCGCCGCCCAGCUGUACAAAGAAAAUCGCCGCGAGUACGAGAAGCGUGUGAAAGCCUGCGUGGAGCAGAGUUUCAUCGAUUAGCCAUGCGCCCACUCUAGGAACAGCAGCAGCACCAGAAGCAGGAGCCACAACAGGAGCAGCAGCAGAUUCGAGGGCGGUCGCAGCUUAAAAGAUCAGCAAACUACAGCAACAAAAAUAUGCAAUACCAUAAAGAAGUUUAAAUUAAAUAAUAACAGAAAUAUUUAUGAUAAAUGUAAUGCUAUGAAAUUGUAACAGCGCCAACGGCACGGCACAGCAGCAUAUUCACCACAACCGCUCACACACCUGCGCACACCACCCGCAACACAUAAGCCCUGAGCAGUUUUCAGUUAUAAUUGUUUGGCCGAUAGUUCCAUCUUGUCCCUAACCCGAUCCCGAAUUCAGAUCACUCAAAAACACCCGGAAGUUCACUGUAGCAGCAGCCGCUAGUUAAGCCGGCAGCCAGCAAUAAGACUCUCAUAAGCUAACAACUCAAAUGUUAUAAUUCAAGUAGCAGCGGCAAAAAAUUAUUAAUAAUAAUAAUAAAAAAAAUUAUAAAAUCCAUGUCAAACAAUUGCAAAAUCCAAUUAGUUUCAUUUUAGAUGUGCGCAAUGCAAGUCCUGUAAAACUGAACUAAAACUGCAUCUAAAAAAUUGCAAAAAUCUCAACAGAAAAUAUUUUUAGUAGUUCGUGUCGUAGCAAAACCCCACAGUUAUGGCAGUGGAGCGUCCAAUGUCGUCAAUAAUAACUACCUAAAUCCUACAUAAACAUACACAUGCUACCUAGAUCGAUUCAUAAGUUUAUUGGCUAUAAAUUGUGAAAUUACUAGAAAUUGAGAAUUAAAUGUUAGUUGUUAGCAAUAUAAACUAAUCCACAUGGUACGUGAACACAAAUCUCCAAGUUGGGAUCGAACAGGCAAUUAAAUAUGUAUGUAUCUCUCUGUAGCAUCCA